AUGCGUGAUCUUGGGAUAAUCUUUGAUAAUAAAUUAUCUUUCAAUGAACACGUUGAAAUGGUCUGCAGUAAAGCCAAAAGAAUGUUGGGCUUUAUAAUGAGAGUAGGUAAAUAUUUCAAUAAUAUCCUAACUUUUGUCUCUCUUUAUAACAGUCUUGUGCGAAGUAAUCUUGAAUACGCAUCAGUCAUUUGGAAUCCACACACAGCAACACAGAAACUUAAACUGGAGAGAGUUCAGCACAAAUUCCUACGAUUUGUAGCACACAAAUGUUUUGGAUUCCAUUAUGGAGAAGAUAUGGCUUACGAAGACAUAGAAAGAAGGGCAAGAAUUGACAAUUUGGAGUUUAGAAGAACAUUUAUUGAUCUAAAGUUCAUGACGAAAGCAUUCAAUGGUACUGUUGACUUUAAUACAUUCAACCACCACUUUCACUACGCACCAAUCCAGGCGACUAGAAGCACGACUGUCUUCAAAACAACAACGAGCAAAACCGACACAGGAAAAUAUUCCUUAUUUAACAGACUGAUGAGAUCGUACAACGCUUUCCUUGAAAAUGAUCGAUGGCUCAGCUGGCAACCAACGAACAAUCAAAUCAAACAUAUGAUUCGUUCAAAGCAGAACGCUCAUAAUUGA